GCCAGGAGGCAGCGCGAGGCCACUGCUGGGGCGGGAGGAGGCCCAGGCUCCGGGGUUCUGGGAACGCGCCUGCGCAGACGCCUGGUCUGUUUCUCUCCCCACCCCCACUCCCAGCGCUCGGCGUGGCGCGCAUGCUCGCCGGAGGGUGGCCGUGCUUCCCAGGGCUCACCAGCCCGGGAAUCAUUAAAUGGCGUGGAAGGAGGGAAAAUUGACUCUCCAGUCUCUAGAGCUUCAGGGGCGAUGAGCGGAGACUUCCGGAGGGCGGAGUCUGGGACGGAGCUACUUGCUCGCCUUGAAGGUAGAAGUUCGCUGAAAGAUAUAGAACCAUUUUUGUUUGCUGACGAAGGCUCUCCUAUCCAUGGUGACAUACUAGAAUUCCAUGGUCCGGAAGGAACAGGAAAGACAGAAAUGCUCUAUCACCUGACUGCAAGAUGUAUCCUUCCAAAAUCAGAAGGUGGAUUAGAAGUAGAAGUCUUAUUUAUUGACACAGACUACCACUUUGAUAUGCUUCGGCUAGUUACAAUUCUUGAACAUAGAUUAUCCCAAAGCACAGAAGACAUAAUAAAACACUGCCUUGGAAGAUUUUUUCUCGUGAACUGCAGCAGUAGUAAUCAGUUACUAAUCACCCUUUACUCCCUGGAAACUAUGUUUUGUAGUCACCCAUCCCUCUGCCUUUUCAUUUUAGAUAGCUUAUCAGCCUUCUAUUGGAUAGACCGAGUCAAUGGAGGAGAAAGCCUUACCUUACAAGAAAUUAAUCUGAAGAAAUGUUCUAAAUUCCUGGAGAAGCUUGUAAAAGAAUAUCACUUGGUUCUCUUUGCAACAACACAAACUAUAAUGCAAAAAAGUUCAAAUUCAACAGAAAGAUCAUCUUCCUUAAAACUUCCAUGUGAAGAAGUAGAUAUGGAUUAUAGACCCUAUCUUUGUAAGUCAUGGCAACAGAUAGUAAACCACAGAAUAUUUUUUUCCAGAUAUAAUUCAGAAAGUAGCAACCAAAUGUUUUCAGUAGUGUCAUAUCAUCUAAAAAGCAACAAUUUAAUAAAGCGUUUAUUUAGUAUUAGAGAAAGUGGGGUUCAUUUUUGUUAAAUCCAUAUCAGAAAUAGCCUAUUUGUAGACAUUGAGUUUUAAAUGUAUCUUUUUAAAAAAUUGUUAUUAAUACUUUCAUGAUAUAUCAGCAUUUCUAAAUUUUAAAGACCAAAAAGAUUGACAUUGAUAUUUGUAUAUAAAUUACAGUGUUCUUAAAUAAGAAUGAAUUUCAGGUAUAAGGAAGUACAUUUUCUGUUCUUAUGUCAUCAUGGGCUAAACAACUUAAUAUUGCUGCUUUGAUUUUGAAUAAAACCUAUGCAAAAAAAUGUGUAUUUCAGUUUAAAUAAAAGGAAAUUCUAUAAUUUUGUGUUAUAUUUUUAGAUAUGCUUAAGUAAUCAUAAUCUUAAACUCAGUUACAAUCCUAAUUUGCUAUAUUCUUUUAGAAAAGUAUAAAUAUAUAAAACAUUGAAAUAGAACCAUUUGUGUAUAUUUACAUUUAAGUAGCAUUGUUAUUUAAAGGAUGAAAUUAAUCUGCUACCUACUUGCUUUCUAUUGCUUUAAAUACCAUAUAAAAUGAUGUGUAAAAUACUGUACAGAUAAAGUGAGUGCUAGUUGGCAGAGCAGAUAGUUAGAGAAUAGAUCCAGGUCCAUGCUAUAUUUUGUAAUUUCUUUUUAAGCACAUAAAAUAAAACAAUAGUUAUAUAAA